AGGCAAGGCACAGGAAGCAACCGGAGGCAAGCUUGGCGCGUUUUCACACGCCAACGGCGACAAAUAUAAAAAAACACCAACGGUUUUCUCGGAAAAUAUGCGUAUAAAUUAGAAAAAGGAAAGAAAAGAAAAGAAAUGUAAAGAAAAGAAAGCCGCCUUCAAAGCCACUCUUUUUUCUCCUCUCCUAUCCUCCAUUUAUCCCGCUGUCAACCGAUCGCUUCCUUCUCUCCCUCUCUCUCUCUGCUCGGGGCGCGUCAAUCGGAUCUCCGGACCUCAAUCCUCAAUCUCUUAGUCAAUCAUCAUCUUCGAUGCCUCCUCUGCUCUUUCCAUGAUCCAACUCCUCUGCCCUCGCUCGAUAUCGGGAGCUUCUCCAGAGCUCUCGGUCGAGCUCUCCCUCUCGAUACAAUUCGAUGAUGUUUUGAUUCCUUCAAUGUCGUCCAAAUCUCUCCUUUCCGGCUCUUCUUCCAAGUGAUGAUGAGCUAGCCUUUGGUAAUUUCAAGAGAAGCGUAGUUUUGAUUAUCGAGAGAGAGAGAGAGAGAAACAGCGAGAGAGCGAGAAAUAAUGGCAUUAGCUUCGCAGUUGAAGCGGGGGAUCUCGCGGCAAUUCUCGACUGGCUCCUUGAGGAGGAGUUUCGGGCGGCAGUUCUCGCGGCAAUCCUCGUUCGAUCCGCGGCGCAACAACUUGAGGUUCGCAUUCGGUCGGCAGUCUUCGCUCGAUCCGAUACGCCGGAGCCCCGUCUGCGAGGAGAUCACGGUGCCGGAGAACCUCGACUCGACGAUGCAGCUGCUGUUCAUGGCUUGCAGAGGGGACGUGAAGGGAGUGGAGGACUUACUCGACGAGGGCACCGACGUGAAUAGCAUUGAUUUGGAUGGUCGGACGGCUUUGCAUAUUGCUGCGUGUGAAGGACGCGUUGACGUAGUGAAGCUUCUGUUGAGUCGAAGGGCCAAUAUUGAUGCUCGCGAUCGUUGGGGGAGCACGGCUGCUGCUGAUGCCAAGUAUUAUGGAAAUGUAGAUGUUUACAAUAUUUUGAAGGCUCGUGGAGCUAAAGUUCCGAAAACAAGAAAGACGCCAAUGACUGUUGCAAAUCCUCGAGAAGUACCAGAAUAUGAGCUUAAUCCACUGGAGCUUCAAGUUCGCAAGAGCGAUGGUAUUUCAAAGGGUACAUAUCAAGUAGCAAAAUGGAAUGGUACAAAGGUUGCUGUGAAGAUACUUGAUAAGGACAGCUAUUCAGACCCUGACAGCAUAAAUGCUUUCAAACAUGAACUAAUGUUAUUAGAGAAAGUUCGGCAUCCAAAUGUAGUUCAGUUUGUUGGAGCCGUUACUCAAAAUAUACCCAUGAUGAUCGUCUCAGAGUAUCAUUCAAAUGGUGACUUGGGAAGCUAUCUUAUAAAGAAAGGACGCUUAUCUCCAUCAAAAGCUCUAAGAUUUGCCCUUGAUAUUGCAAGGGGCAUGAAUUAUCUUCAUGAAUGCAAACCAGAGCCAAUUAUCCACUGUGAUUUAAAGCCAAAAAAUAUUUUGCUGGAUAGUGGAGGCCAAUUGAAGGUAGCUGGAUUUGGUUUGAUAAGAUUGUCAAAAAUUUCGCCCAACAAAGCAAAACUGGCACAGCCAGGGGCUCUAACUGGUCUUUUAAGUUUAUACGUGGCACCUGAGAUUUAUAAAGAUGAAAUUUUUGACAGAAGCGUGGAUGCAUUCUCUUUCGGCCUCAUUCUGUAUGAGAUGAUUGAGGGAGUACAGCCUUUCCAUCCCAAGCCUCUGGAAGAAGCUGCUAAAAUGAUGUGUUUAGAAGGACAGAGACCACCAUUCAAGACCAAGUCCAAAAGCUAUCCUCCCGAUCUAAAAGAGUUGCUUGAGGAAUGUUGGGAUCCGGAACCUGUUGUUAGACCAACUUUCUCUGAGAUUAUCGUACGGCUAGACAAAGUUGUGUCAAACUGCUCUAAACAUGGAUGGUGGAAAGACACGUUUAAGCUUCCCUGGAAAUGAGAGGCAUUCAGAAACUGAAGACUGGACAAAGAGGUUCUCCACAGGCCAAUUUUGGGGGUUCCUGCUGUAACGUUAUUGUGAUUUUGUGAGGAAUGGUUCUUCAGCAGAAUAAAUUGUGUCAAAAUCAAAAUCAGUGGUUUUCGAAAGGAGCUGGAACAGCCCCUUUCUACUGUAUACUGCUCUAUUCAGAUUAUUUGUUUUGCAUACAUAGAUGAAUAAUAAAGUACUUAUCAACAGCA